AAGUUCCAGCACAAGGCAGAACUGAGCCACACGGUCUCUCGGUUCAGUAUCUGUCUCCUGGGAGCCCUGAAAAGCCACUCCAUCAGCCUGAGGGAAGGUUCUGGAAGAGACCGUGGCUGUCCCCUGGGAGAUUCAUGGGCCAGAAAAGGAGCUCCAGGGAGUGGCCAGGGGCCACACACACACCAUGCUGCAGUGCAGACCACCCCAGGAGUUCAGCUUCGGGCCCCGGGCCCUGAAGGAUGCCCUGAUCUCCUGUGAUCUGGCCCUGAAGCAGCUCUACACCUCAGCCUUCUCCCCAUCGGAGAGACUAUUCCUGUCUGAAGCCUACAACCCUCACCGGACCCUCUUCAGCACACUGCUCAUCCACUCAGCCUUUGACUGGCUCCUGAGUCGCCCAGAGGCCCCUGAGGAUUUUGAAACCUUUCAUGCUUCCCUGCAGCUCCGGAAGCAGAGCCUGGCCCGGAAACACAUUUAUCUGCAGCCCAUAGAUCUGAGUGAGGGGCUGCUGGGAUGCCCCCUGCUGGACCACCUCCGAAGCUGUGCAGAGGCUUUCUUCCUGGGCCUUCGUGUCAAGUGCCUGCCCUCAGUGGCCGCUGCUUCCAUACACUGUUCCUCAAGACCCAGUCAGGACACUGAUGGGCUCCAGCUUCAUACAGAUGGCAUCCUGUCCUUCUUGAAGAACAACAAGCCAGGAGACGCAUUGUGUGUGUUGGGCCUCACACUGGCUGACUUGUACCCCCAUGAUGCCUGGACCUUCACCUUUGGCAGGUUCCUUCCGGGGCAUGAAGUGGGUGUGUGCAGCUUCGCUCGAUUCUCUGGGGAGUUCCUGCAGGCCGGGCCCAGUGUUCCUGACCCAGCUCUGCUGGAGGCGGCAGCAGAUGGCCCUGAGACACUGCCACACGAGGGAGGCCGGACCCUGUACUUCAGCGCCCUGGGCAUGGUUCAGUGCUGUAAGGUCACCUGCCAUGAGCUCUGCCACCUCCUGGGCCUGGGGAGCUGUCGCUGGCUCCGCUGCCUCCUGCAGGGGGCACUUAGCCUGGAUGAGGCCAUACGGAGGCCCCUGGACCUCUGUCCCAUCUGCCUAAGGAAACUGCAACACCUCCUGGGUUUCAGGCUCCUGGAGAGGUACAAGAGACUCCACACUUGGACCCGGGUGACGGUGGAGAUGUGGUCAGGCCAAGAGGCCGGGGAACCGUCUGUGUCAGAGGACACCCUGCCCUUCAGUGCUGACUCAGGCAUGGGCUGCGAGAGUGACACAGAGCCUGUCACCAGUCCAUCAGAGCCAGUAACCCCUGAUGCGUGGAGUCAUGCCUUCCCUGAUGGGCCUGAACCGGGGUCUGAGGAUGGGCUGAGCUCUUUGGUGGCCUCAGAAGUGUUGCUGAAACUCGGGGGCCCCGUGGAGGCCAUCGAGGAGUAUGGACAGUGGCUGGAUGCAUGUAUCCAGGCCCUGGAGAGGGAAGUGGCGGAAGAGGAGCUGGUCCAGGUUGAUGCAGCUGUGGAUGCCCUGGGCCGGUGGGAGAUGUUCACAGGGCAGCUCCCAGUCACCAGGCAGCACCUGCCCUGUGGCAAGGAUAAUGUGGGGCUGCGCCGGGUCCUGGAGGAAAAGUUCUUUUCCCUGAGGCAGCGACUGAGCUCUCGAAGACUUGCCAAGGCCAGUUCUUCCCACUGCCACUGGGAGACAGAGAAUUAAUGCAGAGAGAUGGACUAUCCAAUACUGUGAAGUCAGCUCCUGGCAUUUUUUCCUGAAGAUACCAAGAGACCAUGCCUGCCCAGUGACUGAGGGUACUCUGGUAUCUUCAGGGUUAAAAGAAAUGUCCCCAGAAGCUGAAGAAAUGCUCCUUGGGUGCUUGACCACAGGGUCCCCAUGUUAUGUGGUCUGAAGCCAUGGCUGAGAGGCAGGAGUUAGCCACAUGCUUCUUCUUCCCUACAGGAGGGGGCUCUGGUCUGUCUAUACUCACAGCUGGAGCUCUGGACCACCCGAUGGCAUGGGUUUUGUGGCUAUGUGUAUGUUUCUCUGUGUGUGUCUGUGCAUAUGAGUGCAGCUGCCCACAGAGGCCAGAAGAGGGUGUCAGAAUCCCUGGAUGCCAUUACAGGAAGUUGUGAGCCACCCUUUGUGGGAGCUUGCAAUUGAACUCAGGUCCUCUGCAAGUGCAGUACGCACCUUUAAUGUCUGAGCCAUCCAUCCAGCACUGUUUCUUUUCAACCUUGUAUCACUCACACGGGGUUCUUUUCUGUGGCUGGAGUGAUUUUCUGCUCAUCAGGGCUGGCACAGGUCUUUGUGAAGCUCCUAGAGAAAUUUGUGCCCUGUGAGGUUGGCCAUUUCUUCAGAAAGAAGUGGGGUGAUGGGGUGACUAAUGUGCAGGUUCAUGGGGUUGGGCAUAAAAGGCAGAGCUGCUCCUUCUCCAACCGAGGCUGCUGCUGGUACUGUCACUACCAGUUAGGCCAGUGUGGUGGUGGGGGCUCGGCUCUUCUGUCUUUGAUGGUAUUUUUCCUGUCUAUAAACUCGUGACAGAAGAAGGGUAUUAAAAUUAUUCAUCCACA